UGAUUUUGAGCUUGUUACAUACCUGUAGGUACCUACUUACAUAAGAAAUACCUACCUCCUAGCUACUUAAACCUGUACCUAUACAAUCCGGACCUAGGUACCUACCUGGUAACCUUGCCUUGGAAUUCCCUCGCUCGGGAUUCAGUUCCGUCCUUUAAUAAAAUUUCUGCUCCGCCGCUGCGCUUGAAGAGCUGCACCCACCUCUAUCUACGGUCUCUACUCACUUUCACCUCGCUUCCUUGUUGCCAUUGAGAGAAGCUAUCAGAGCAGAAAAAACGAAACGUACACCAUGUCGACGUCUCGCCUCUUAACUUCUUCCCUGCGCACCGUCGCCAGGCGAACGGCUGCGUAUGCGCCGGCUCGGCGACAACUAGCGCCACGCUCGGCUGCGAGGAGAGCAUACUCGUCAAGUGAACAUGCCGGGAGCGCGGGAGCGGAGAAGUCGAGUGAUAUGCCUUGGCUCAUCGGCUCUGUUACCGUCACCGCCAUAGGUCUAGCGUGGAUUCUAUCCCCCGGCCCCGUCAAGAAGACGUCGUCUAAAACCCACGGCGGCGCCCCAGUCCCCGACGAAGAGAAAGCUCCAGCCAUAGAAUCCGGUGAAGACUCUUCUUCUUCUCCCCCUUCACCUCCUUCCUCCGAGUCCUCUCCUGAGUCCUCUUCUCCUUCCGAUUCUUCCGAUUCCUCCUCCAGCGAGACCCCAGCCCCGCAGGACGGCAACCCGCAAGCGACGUUCGGCAGCGGGCAGACGGGCCGGCAGGUGCCUCCGCCGUCGGCGGACAGCAGCGACAUGGCGGCGGGCUACGAGGAGAAGAAGGACGCGCACGAGCGGGACAAGGCGAUGAUGGAGCGCAAGGACACCCGCGUCGCCGCCAGCUCCUCCGACGUGCCCUCCAAGAAGACCGCCGCCGAGCACCCCCGCGAGGACCCCCAGAAGGGCGAGGGCGAGGGCGCUAAGAAAGGCGAUUCCAAUUCUUCUUCUCCUUCUUGAAGAAGAGGAAGAAGAAGAAGAGGAAGAAUUUACACAAUACAGUUAGCUACCUAGGUACCUAUCUACCUAGCUAAUGAGGGGUAGUGGGUACAUGUAUUCCAUCUAUCCCUCCUAUGAGUGUUCCUUAUUAGAGGUUCUUACCUACCUAUAUAUGUAUGAAUGAGGAGGGUCCCCUAUAUCGUGUAUUUUAUAGAAAUUGGGGGAGAUGGGGGAGGGAGG